GGCGGCCCCGCACCGGCUGCUGUGCCGGGCCCCGCGCCGGCUUCCAGGCUCCUCUCACGGCGUUGCUGUAGGCGCUGUGGUGCCUUCGGAGGUACAAAGAACAGCAAACCGGCCCUUGGAAGUCACAGUUCACCCCGGCCGUUAGGCGCGCUAGAGCGGGGUGAACCAUUUCCCCGGGCACAGGACUCCGGACUCCCAGGCGUGCAUUUCUUGGGGAGAUAAUCCAUAAGGAGCAACCUUGAAGAGACUAUUAUGGCCCUUGCUGCUCUGCAUUUUUUACUGAAGACCCCAAGUGCUGCGUCCCUGCGGGCUCCCCUGAGAAGAUCUCUCCAGCUGUGCAGCCGGUGCUACCCACGUCAUGCCUCUUUGAGUUAUGAAGCCAUAAAACAACAGUACAGACCAGAGGUGCCAGAGUACUUCAACUUUGCAAGAGACGUGCUGGACAGGUGGACUGAGGCAGAAAAGGAGGGAAAAAAGUCUAAAAACCCUGCAUUGUGGUGGGUAGAUGGUGCUGGAGAAGAGGUGAGGUGGAGCUUUGAGGAGCUGGGAGUGCUGUCCAGGAAAGUGGCAAAUGUUCUCUCUGAUGCCUGCAGCCUGCAACAGGGAGACAGAAUUAUUCUGAUUCUGCCCCGGGUCCCGGAGUGGUGGCUGGUGAAUGUGGCUUGCAUGAGAACAGGAACUGUUUUGAUUCCUGGCACGCAGCAAUUGACAGCAAAGGACAUUCUUCAUCGACUCCAGAAAUCCAAGGCCAAGUGUAUUGUCACUGAUGAUUCUGUGGCACCAGCUGUAGACUCAGUUGAGGCUCAAUGCCAGUCUCUGAAAUUCAAGUUGCUUGUGUCAGAGGGCCACAGAGAAGGAUGGCUGAACUUUAAAGAUCUCCUGAAAAAUGCUCCUUCUGAUCACCACUGUGUCACCACAAAGUGUCAAGAUCCAAUGGCCAUCUAUUUUACCAGUGGGACUACAGGAUCUCCAAAAAUGACUGAGCAUUCCCACAGCAGCUAUGGUAUUGGCCUUACAGUAAGUGGAAGGUAUUGGCUGGACUUGACUUCCUCAGAUGUAUUUUGGAAUACAUCAGACACAGGCUGGGCAAAGUCAGCUUGGAGCAGCAUUUUUUCACCAUGGAUUCAAGGGGCGUGUGCAUUUGUACAUAAGAUGCCACAGUUUGACCCAAGCAUUGUCUUCCAGACUCUGUCAAGAUUUCCCAUAACCGUCUUCUGUUCUCCUCCAACUGCUUAUCGAAUGUUUGUGCAACAUAAACUGUCCAGCUACACCUUCAAAAGCCUGCGGCACUGUGUGAGUGCUGGGGAGCCCAUCAACCCUGAUGUGAUGGAAGAAUGGAAAGCACAGACUGGGCUGGAUAUUCAUGAAGGCUAUGGACAGACAGAAACAGUGCUGAUCUGUGGAAAUUUUAAGGGAAUGAAAAUCAAACCUGGCUCUAUGGGAAAGCCAUCUCCAGGGUAUGAUGUCAAGAUUAUAGAUGAAAACAGUAAUAUUCUGCCUCCUGGAAAGGAAGGAGAUAUUGCCAUCAGAGUAAAACCUACAAGAUCACUUUUCCUUUUCACUUGCUAUGCUGAUGAUCCAGAGAAAACAGAGGCAACAACACGUGGGGACUUCUAUGUCACUGGAGACAGGGGGAUUAUGGAUGAGGAUGGAUACUUCUGGUUUGUUGGAAGAGCUGAUGAUGUCAUUAAUUCUGCUGGAUACCGCAUUGGACCAUUUGAAGUAGAAAGUGCCCUAGUGGAGCAUCCUGCAGUGGUAGAGUCAGCAGUUGUCAGCAGCCCAGACCCCAUCAGAGGAGAGGUAGUGAAAGCCUUUGUUGUGUUAAAAUCUGACUAUGCUUCACAUGACCCAAAAGAAUUGAAGAAAGAGCUACAAGAUCAUGUUAAGAAAGUAACUGCUCCAUACAAGUAUCCUAGGAAGAUGGAGUUUGUUAAACAGUUGCCAAAAACUGUUAGUGGGAAGAUCAGAAGGAAUGAACUGCGCCAGAAGGAGUGGAAAAAAGAUUAGAAGAGUUUGUUGCCUUUUUAUAGGAUUUUUUACAAAGUAAGAUAUUGCAGAUUUACACAGUAAGUAAGAGACAUGCUGUGUCCUUCUUAGUUUAGUUUAGGUUUGCAUAAAUUCUUACUUGAUUUCCAGCAUUUGGCUGUCCCAAGUGCUACACUAAUAGCACAAAAGCAGGCAGAUUGAUAAAAAUGAAAUGGGAAACCUACAUAGUCAAGAGCACAACUGGAAAUUUGUGUUAAAUAAAGUGUACUAAAUUUAA